AUGACAGGAGCUGAGCUCCGGCAGUGUCAGCGCUACGAACUUCCCGGCUGCACAGGAAACAAUAACCCGCAGAGCCCCGGCCCCGCCGCCCGCCCCGGCCCGGCCCUGCCCGCGGGGCCCUCGCGCUGCCGCCCCGGAGCCGCCGCGGCCGCGGGACCGAGCGCGGGGGGGAGGGGGUGGGGGGGCCCGGCCUGGCGGGAGGCCGCUCCCGGGCCGCACCGAGCCCGCGAUGCCGCGGGGGGCGGCGGGGCGGGCCUGGGGGCGGCGGGGGCCAAGUGGAGACGGAGGGGGCGCGGGGGGCGCGGAGGGGGCGGCGCGGGGGCCGCACUCACCGGGCGGGCCCUGGCGCGGCUCCGGCGGCCCCACAACCAUAACAAAGCUCUGCCCAAAAUGCGCGUUAGCACCGGGCGCCGUCGGAGCGCUUAUGAGGGCACCGGAAGCCGCCACAGCUGGCGGGUCCGGGGUGGCGGCAGCGCCCGGCGAGUCCUGCCCGCUCGGCAGAGCGGCUCCUUCUCCCUCUGGACUGAACGUAUAUCCUCCGCUCCCUUCGCCCUCCGGCAGGGCAGUCUGGCUUUCUCUCCCAGCGUAGCAGGACCGGGAACUGCGGAGUCCCACCUUCCCCUGGACAUUGACAAAACAAAUAUGUUUCCUCUCAUACAACGAUGCUGCUUCAACACACCUUUCAAACUGCAGAAGUUACCUGGCCCCAGUCUGCUGCUCCAGGGGAAGAAUAAGACAGCCUGCUCUUCCUUGGUCCUCCAGCUGCAGGGAUGUGCACGUCCUCUCUCCACACCCCUGAGCCUCAAACCAGCAUCAGUUUACACAGCCCAGCUCCGGGCUUUCCACACCUCUCUCCCCAUCUCCAAGGAGAAAACCCCUGCAGAAUCUGAGGCAGAGCCACAAGAAGACCUGGGAUCUCUGAAGGAUUGUCCCAAGCCAGCCCUUUAUUUAAGCCUGGGGGGGCUAAUCCCGUUUGUGGCUGUGCCGCUGGCCAUGGCUACGCAGGGCACCUACAGCCCAGAGCUGGCCUUUGCUCAGGUCGCCUACGGUGCUGCCACAGCCUCCUUCCUCGGGGGAAUGAGGUGGGGCUUUGCUCUCCCAGCAAACAGCCCAGCCAAGCCAGACUGGCUGAACCUGGCUAAUGGCACAGUUCCUGCUCUGCUUGCCUGCCAAGCCCUGCUUUUCAAAGAUGUCACUCAGGGAGCAGUGAUGCUCACGGUGGCCUUAGGGAUAGCGCUGCAUUAUGACACUUCCCUUCUUCCUCCUUACCCCAGGUGGUUUAAAGUACUGAGGGUAGUGGGAACAAUGGUGAUGAUAUUAUCCCUGUUGGCCACUGUAGCACUGAAAGCUUUCUUAGAAGGGGAGCAAAGUGAUGAUAGAAAAACACAGCAGAACAUAAAUGAAUAAGGCAUUUGUAUGGAGUUCCAGGAGAAAUAAAGACUGAUUUGUGCUUAGAAGUUGUAUGAUGGCAGAGAUGAAGAUGCUUAUUCUUGAAGCAAAAUUAUUUUCCAACUGAUUUUGAAGCUAGUUCAGGAGGGAAGUAUUGUAAAUAGCAAUUACUUCCAAGGCAGGCAUGAGUCUGCCCUUAUCUGUAGAACAAAGAAUCUGAAUGAGGUGUUGCUGCUCUAGGAAUUUAGAAUGAAGAUUCAAAAUGAAAUGGGUAUGAAUUACUCUGUGCUGAACUAUGAAAGCAUUUAAUGACUAUUCAUGACUGUGACUAACAUUUCAAACUAUGAAAGUUUGACUGUAAUGUGUAAUCAUGUUCUGAGGUGUGGAAAACAACAGUAACAAGGUGAAAGCAGUUCUAGUUUGGUGUUUAAAGAAGUAGCAGAGCAUUAUGCAGAAACACAUUCUACUCAGUUGUUGUGUUGUGGAACAAGACUCUUACUUCACUCCUAUUUUCAGAGGAGGUGCUGAAAGUCACAGAAUCCCAGAAUGGUUUGGGUCAGAAGGGGCCUGAAAGAUCUUCUCAUUCCAGUCCCCUGCUGUACACAGGGACACCUUCCACCAGAUCAGGCUGCUCAAAGCCCCAUCCAGCCUGGACCCUUCCAGGAAUGCUGUGUGAGGAAGCGCUCAGUGCGCUGGCAGAUAAGAAAGGACAGGUGAGAUUUGUUUGUAGUGGCAAGCCAAGGUCAGCACUCACCUGAAAUGUGUCAUUCAGCUGCUGUGGUGGAAUGGGGAAAAGCUGAAGAGGAAGCUUUGUAUGGCUGACAAGGUGCUACAGGGGAUGGAAGGUGAAAUUCCUGCUCAGGCUUACUGAAAUUAAAAAGGCUGUUGGAGCCACCUGUUUGUAGAUUUUUGGAUUUAGGGCUGCCUGGCAAAGGAAGCUGCAUGCAACACAGCCAUAAAGAUCUGCCAUACUCCUAAAUGAAAGGACUGUUAACGUAUGCUAUGACACAAGGACUUGAGUGCUGGCACUGAGGGAUCAGAUAAUGGGACUGAAAUGGGACUGAGCUUGUCAUCUCCCUCCUAAGAAUCCAUACAUUUGGACAGGUACCAACGGGCUUGUAUGUGGCCUGCAAAUCCUCCGUGAUGGGGCUAUUACUGAAACCACUGCAGAAGCAUAUGCUCUCUGUACUUGACUCCCCCUAGUACAUCAUUUAGUAGAAGAUAAAAUCUAAGUCACAUAGAUUUCUUUUUUGUGUCAACUACCUCAAGAAACCUAUGAAAUGGGAUGUGGGCAUAUUUCUUGUAAGCUUUUUAUCAGUAGUAGUUAAGAGCAGUGUAAGAUGCAGGAAGAAAGCUGAAAAUUACAUCCACACGUGGUCUUAGGACCAGAUAAUCCUCAUAGUUCUGUUAAAGCUCUAUUCUUCAUUGUUCUACAUCAAGUAAAGCACAUGUUGUCCCUUAACGUUUUUUGUUCUGCAAAGAACAGAUGUUUAAGAAACCUGCCUGUCCUGGAGAUGGAACCAUCUUGUAUGAUGUUGCUGAAAGAGCAGCUCUGUACAUCAGACUCUCCCUUUUGCAAUCUGUUAACGUUUGUAUGUUAAACAACUUACUAAGCACUUAUGGGUAUCAGUUGCUCUACACUGAACUAUGAAAGUACCCUAUUAAACAAUAUAUUUCAGAGCUUUCUGAACAUAAAGGAAAUAAAAUUGAGUUUGUGAAUAAAAA